CAAUCACUUCUUAACUGGACACUUUAUAGAAAAUGGAGAUUGGAGGCUACUGAAAUAUAAAAUAGACAUUAUUAGAAAUGUAUAGUAUAAGGGAGCUUACCACUGCACCACGCGUAUAAACUUUAUCAUUCUGUAAGAUACCUGAUAUGAUUGUACAGGAAGUGUUAUACACAACGGAAGUGUUUGGUCAGGAUACAAAGAUACAUCAUAAUUAAAUGCAAAACAUCUUUGUCAACAUGUGCAGUACAGUUGUUCUUUUGUUUAUUGGAUUAUCAACUCCAGGUGUGCUUUGUCAGUUCAACACUCCUCUCCCAGAAGAUGUAACGGCAACUGUUGCUGAAGAUGUCACCUUAACUUGGGAUAUAAUGCACUUCAGCCACAUUUCAAGCAUCCUAUGGAGCGUUACCUUAGAUUCUUCUACUACAACAUCAUUUGAUAUCCUUGUCUGGUUUCCCUCUUCUGGAAAAAGCAUUGUUCAAAAUAACUACAAUGUUGAAAACACUACUGACGGGAGCCUAACCUUAAAAAAUGUCGCUCUAAACAAUACUGGAGUUUACAGAGUCUUGGUAACAUACAAAGCAACUACUCCUGGAGAUGCAUGUUCUGAGGAUACUGUUAAAGUGACUGUCCAAGAAAUUGCAAAACGACGUUGAUGUGCCUGCUGUGUAUUAGUUUGAAAAUGCAAACACUGAAUGUAUUGGAUAUUUUACUUGUCUCAUUGUCUUUGUCAGUAAAAUUGUUAACAUAUAUCGAUAUCGCAAAUUUAAAUGUGAUUUUGCAACUUGAAUGAAACGUUCCGUUUUGUUUCCUAUGAGACUAUUUUGAAUUCACUUUUAUCAAUAUUUAUCAAUAUUCAGCAAAAUGUUUAUCGCAAUUUCAGAAAAUCAGGCAUUGCCAUUUUGCAAGAAUUUACAGUAAUAGGUGUGUGGGAUUUUUUUAUAUUGAUUUAAUUCUUCACCUUUUUUGUUAGUGCCAUUGAUGAGCUAUACUGAAACAUUCAGAUCAGUCAUUUAGUAAACUAUAAAGGAGUUUCAUCUGGCAAAAAUGGGUCUUACAUGUUUCGGUAUCAUACAACGUUAUUUCACUAUACUAAUGAAGUCAAACUGUUGUCUCCUGCAGACUAAUUACACCCUAAUAAAUCAUAGUGAUUUAAUAGACAUUUGAAAUCAGAAAAUUAAAUUCAGAAACUAUUUUUUUCUUAAUAAUAUUGAUAUUGCAUAAUGUGAAAAUCUGAAAAUAGAAACUGUUGGUUUAUUUUCAAAAACUUAUUAUUUUAAUACAAAAUAAUAACUUUUGUCAUUACAUUUUUUAUCUAUAUUUUAAAGUGUCGUUUUACGUUAUAAGUAAAAAACAUUCAGUAUAUUACGAGAAAUUGUUGCAAGAGUGCAUAAUUGAUUGACUGUAACAUUAAAAAUUGUACAUUAAAACGUAUUGCCGUGUCUGUAUACAUUGCCUGUUCUUCCUGAUUCAUGCUUGCUAAUGUAUUCAUGCCCAGCGUGAUUGUUGAAAAGGACAAAACUCGAAUUACGUCGAAGUCAUCAUUCUUAUUGAAACCGAGCGGAGGAUUUUUAACUAUUUUGCCGAUUUAUUCACCACAUUGGAGUGACGUUUACACUGAACUAUCAGCCAGGUACCCACAAUGUCAAGCCACAAGCCAUGACUUAAGGCCAACAUGUUUUAUUAUUUGUUAACGGGAAAAUUUACCCCAGUCGACCAAAACAUUAAAUAAAUAAAAGUAAAGAUUGAUUUGUUUUUACAAAUGCUGUAUAUUGUCUUUUUUCCCCUUGAUAAUAAAUUAAAAAUAAAAUGACACUAUUCUGAACUGGAAAUCAGGCGAUUAGAAGUUAUUUUAUGCUCUUUUUGAUACUUAAAUAUGUAAAAGAAAUGUUUCUACAUUUUAUUCUUGUUCAUUAAUGCAAAACAUGUGUUGGAUAAGUAUAUUGGAUUCAUAUCAUGUGUUCUGUUUUACAUGUCUCUUUGUAAUACACUAUAACGAUAAUGAAUGUCACAGUUUGCGCGUGAAAGAUAUGUGUUUUUAAUGUUUACUAGUAAACAUAUCUGUUAUUAUUGUUUCCAACUAUUACAUUCUAGUUCACACUCACCACACAAAAAUAAUUACUGUAUUUAUGUAUAAUUGUGCUUGUGUCACAUACAGAGUUUCAAGCAAAAAUACUACUUCAAGAACCAAACAAAAUUUAGCACACAUAGAUGAUCAUCGUAUUACGAAAACACUUCAAAAUCAUUGAUUUAAACAUAUUUUAUUCAACAUAUCUAUGUAUCUAUAUAAACAUAUAAUACACGUUAAAUAUAAUUUAAGUAUUUGC